AUGGAUUAUUAUGACGGCGGGCCCUUUGCUCGGGACUAUACCGCCCAACUGAUCAAUGCUUCGAAUAGGGGAUCUUUCAGCCGGUGCUGGGCGAUAAUUUACAGAGUAGCUCUGCUUUUUACGCCACUGCCAUACCCACUUCUGGGUUUUCAUGCCUCCGCGCGCGCUCCUGUCUCAGCAAUGGAACUUUUUCGACGGCUCCCGCACAUUCAUUAUGCUCUUAACCUCCGAGAGAUUGGGAUACGCGCAAUCUACCCGGCGACGCAACAUGCGCCGGAGCAUGUCGACGAAAUAGCCAUUGCCACUAUCUACUUGAUGAUCUUCGCUGUUGCACAAUGUGCUGUCAUUCUUGUUGGAACGGAGCACGGGUUGGGCAAACGAAAAUUGAGUCUUAAUGACACGGAAGUCCAAAUACUAGAGAAGGUUCUCUACUCGUCGAACAUUCUAUACGUUCUUGCUCUUAACUUGGCGAAGAUCUCAGUACUGCUGCUUCUGAACAGAUUGGCUGUGAAUAGGUGGCAUAAGAAAAUCUUAUUCUGGACUUCUGUUCUGGUCGGUAUCUGGACUGUGCCGGUGUUUUUCACUCUUGCAUUCCAAUGUGGAGUACCUGAACCUUGGGAUGCUAGUAAUGGUCAUUGCAUAGAUAUUAUACUGACGCAGUUCGCCUUCUGGGCCGGCAUCUCCCCUAUCGACAUAAUAACGGAACUGGUCAUCUGCAUCCUACCCAUCUACAUCGUGAAGCCAGUCCAAGUCAUCUUCGGGAAGAAAGUCACCGUUGUGGUUGCAUUCUUCAUCCGCAUCUUCGUUGUUAUAACCACCAUCAUCCGCCUCAUCUUUAUGCGCUACUCCAAGCCCUAUCCCUCCACGGACAUGAACGACGCUGCGUUCGCAACAACCAUUACAACAGAAUGCGUCCUCUGCGUCAGCAUCAUGACAGCCUGCAUUCCAUGCCUGAAGCCGUUUCUGGACGCCUUUGACAGCGGCAUGCUGAAUGUAUCCUUACAUAAGCGCAUAGGCGGAGGCAGCAAUAGCAACUCAUAUGGCAACACCUAUGCGUUGACGAGUAUGACCAAGGGUGUUAAAGAAUCAGCCACUAGGUCACGGUAUUUGGAGGAUGAGAUCGAGGGCUUGGGCACUUCUGCUGCCGCGUUUGCUGUUACAUCUCCGGGUCAGCCAUUGGGUAGGAGGGACUCUACGUUGGUGAUUCAAAGAACAGAUCAGUGGAGCGUGAGGUGCGAGUACGUUGAUCCGAAGGAUGGAUCUGUUGGGGAUGAGACCGAGCAGUCGGAGAGGAAUGUGGCUAGAAUCUCUGCUGAUCGAUCCAUGGGCCUACCUCGUCGUAUACUCUACCCCGAAUGGCGUUCGUGUUUGUGUAAUUACGUUCGCAUACCGUAUAAUCUACUCUUUAGUCACAGCCAGGGUACUCUUGCCGAGUCACUAGCAGCUAGAAGAAGAAGAAGAAGAUAUA